CCUCAAACAACCACCUAGGCAACACGGAACUACUUCUUCUAUACCUCCCUCUGUUGUUUCUUCUUGCUACCAGAUUUACCGUGGUUAAUACACCUCGUACGACUAUCGACCUUCACUACGCUAUAAUCAAUCACUUGAACAUUUCCUUAAUUUAGUCACCCCGCAAUACCACUGCGAUGGGUGUACCAUCGUCUCAGGACUAUACUCCUGUACCGGCGCAGCCGGUCGAGGAGAGAAUUGAUGACGGAGUUGAAGCAACUCGGGAUGAGGCCGAAGUCAGUGACGAUGAAGGUCUCUACAGCACCAGCGCACCUCUUUUGUCAAACAGGACUCGUGGAAACGACACGCCUUGCCCGCACCGUCGAGGACCAUUUCAGAGGUUUGCGAGCCUGUUCCGUCGUCCGGCUUGGACGAACGGGAAGCGCUCGAAGCGAAGCUGGGCCAGCAUCUCCAUCAUGGGCUUCAUCGCUCUUCUGAUCACGACCGUUGUGGCGCUCAGUAUCUCAACCGGGAUCCUCGCUCGACGUCCUGACCACUGCCCGCAGAACUAUCGGUCGUAUCAACAGAGAACUCAUAUCCCUCUCAACCAGCCAUGGCGAUCUUCCAACAACAGGCUCAAUUUCCCUAACGUGUACCCUCCGCUUGUAUACGGCCCCAACCCCGCUUGCCAGACUGCCUGGAGCUCGCUCAACUACAUCCCAUGCCAUGAGAAGAUCUGGAACCGUUCGUGGGAUAACGGGAAGCAUGAAACACUGUUCGAGCUUGAUCCCACUUCGUACUCAGGGCCAAUAUGCCAGAGAUCCUGCACGGACGCUAUGAACCGAGCCUACCAGCUCAUUGUGUCUCAAUGCACGCCCGAGGACAAGUUCGACAUGGAAAACUACGUCGGCCCUUUCACGGCCGACCCAGAGCUUGAAGACAGCCCCGUUGCUGUGAUUUCAACCAUCCAGCGUCGUCUUCAGCACACCUGUCGCAAGAACCCUCUCUCAUACUACACCUCGGACUAUUGUGUCAACGACCUGUACAAUGACUGGUUCGUUGUCGAUGGCAUGAACACCGCGAACCUCGAGGGCCUUGACCUCAUUGAGAGCGCUACUCGCAUGGCAAGGACUGAGCGUCCUGGGUACAAGUAUAGGGCCGCGAACGACCAGUGCGACGACACGUGGACGCCUUGGUCCGGCUACCGUCAGGAGCGCUCCUUCGGCCCUGGUGAAAACCAGACUUCUUGCAGUUGGUGCACGAUUGACUGGUUCGACCGCAAGCUGCAGUCAUGGGAAGAAGACAAGGUGGUGGACCCCAAGAAUGGGACCGUUGUCGCCCUCCCGGAUUAUCUGCGACGGAUCAGGCAUGUUGGUCAACGCUGCCAAUCGAACGACUGGAACAGGAUCUACGGCCAGGCGAUUCACAAGUAUAAGAGCGCCGGCCUGCUCCCGCCGGACUGGAAGGAUGAUGGCAAAGACGUCUCUGGCAAGAAGCCUUGCAAGAAGACUAAGCCUAGCUCCUCCGAGCAGCCGGAUGUGCCAACGAACCCCUGGCGCAAGGUUCCGUCGUACGUGAAGCCAGUUAAGCCAGUCAAGCCAGUCAAGCCAGCCAAGCCAGUCAAACCAGUCAAACCUCUCAAGCCUGUCAAGCCUCUUGAGCCUCUUGAGCUAGGGAAGGCCGUCGAGUCCGUUACACCCGCCAAGCACUUGGACCACGUUGAAGAAAUCGACGCCCAGGAGCUGGCUUAGAUACGUAUGUUUCACCAGAAUGACACUUGGAUAACGACACAUGGAAGGGGAGGUGGCGCACGGUUUCGUAAUUUAGCGAGAGCAUUUCUCACUCUGGCAGGACGGUUGGCACUGGGGCUUCGUUUCCUAGAUUGAGAAUCAAUACACAUUCCUUCAGCGUUG